AUGCGGAAUCCCAAAGACGAGGAAGUUCCCCUCCGGGAGCGAGGGGACAAUGACGAGAUCACGUUGGAAUUCUGCAAUCAGAGGUCUAGAAUCAGAAGGAACAAAGCGGAAGACUCGACGACGUUCAUGUUUAAUUAUUUGAGAGACCCAGAAGAAGGCGAAACGCUCAAUUGGCGGGAACUUCGAAAGCUGAAAGCUGGCAAGAAAUGGGGUGUAAUCCGUCACCCGUAUAUUCUCAACUAUAUAAAUCAGAAGCUAAUCGACUGCGCCCUAUUCUAUAGCUUGCAUAUCCUGGCAUUCCUGGUAUUCUUUCUGCUGUUGGCGUGGCAUGUGUUCUCAAGAAAUAUGUUCAAGGAUUUCUUGAUUAGUAUCUUUACUGGAGUGUUUUUCAUGUUCUUGGUCCUCAAAGGAACCAUCAAAGCACGUGUCACCAAAAAUAUCUCGACCUGGUUCAUAAUCGCUUUCUGCUUCAACCUGUUCACUUACGCCGCCACAAUGGCCUACGUCUGGUUUCCCACGGUGUUCUCCUAUGAUGAUUUUCACAUGGAGGUUAAGAAAAUCGUGACCUGGUUCUUGCCAAUCAUCGCUAUCAUCUCCGCGUGGGCCAACUUGUUGUAUAUCAUGAGAAAGUCACCGUUUGGAAUUUAUAUCUUCAUGAUGACACGGAUUUUGAGAAGUUUCGCACAUAUAGCCACUAUCUGGAUCCCAACCCUUAUCGCAUUUUCCUUCGCAUUCCUUCUCAUAAUGAGGGAUACAGGAGUGAAACCUUGGCCACUUAUCGACCAACAAGCCGCCAACAUGACAAUGGUCCAAACUAUGCUAGUAAUCCUCCAGGCGGUCACUAAGACCUCAACAAUGAUGAUUGGAGAAGUGGAUGCGAAUGACAUCCUGGAUACCAACCAAUGGAUCCCAUCGAUUCUUGUAUUGGUAUUCGAAAUUAUUACAGUAAUCCUUUUGAUGAAUCUGAUGGUGUCGCUCGCAGUGGGCGAUGUCACUUAUCUGAAAAACACGGCGCAGGAUAAGAUAUUGAAGAUCAAAGUGAACUUUGUGAUUGAGGCUCUUCAGCUCAGCGAGCAAUUCCAAAAUAAUUUGUUCCGACUUCACACUAAUUUGACGCCAAAUGUGUUGGUUAUUAUGGAUGAUGGGUCGUAUAUUUCGACGUUCGAUGAAUUCCCUAGAGUGGCGCCGGUUGCUGUGUCAGAUGAGGCCUUCAAAAUCAGUUUUAUGGAAUCCGGAAUGCGUCUUCGUAUCAAGACGACGUCUGGAAAAGUGAAGACAGCUACAGUAAGCCGUUGCGAUAUCGAAUGCAUCGAGUCGACUGAAUCCGGCAUUCCAGUCAUUAUGAGCACACCUGACUCGAGGGUUUAUGAGAAUGAGGACACAUACUGGACCGGAUUCGCCAAAUGGUUGAUUGGACUUGAUUGGGCUGGAUACUUGGAUAUUUGA